AUGCACACCGUGUUUCGGGUGGGUGAAAUUAAACAAAUGGACGAUAAGAAUAAACUUUAUCAAGUUGAAUUACAGUUAACAUCGGAUGAUGAUCAACAACUACGAUUACUUACUGAUCGAAUACGAGAAGAAGUUAGUAGUAGUACUGGAUGGGAGAGAUUAGGUAACUUAUUGCUUAGAAUUGGUCAGUUUAAUAAAGCUGAAGAACUUUAUAACGUACUAGUCGAGCAAACAUCAGAUACGAGUGAAAGAACGCUUUAUUAUAAUCAGUUGGGAUCGAUCCAUUUGAAUCAAGGUGAUUAUGAAAAGACUGUUUGGUAUUAUGAAAAGGCACUUGAAAUUCAGCAAAAAACUCUUUCUUCUAAUCAUCCGUCAUUGGCUACUUUAUACAACAAUAUCGGCAUGGUGUAUAACAAGAUCGGAGAGUACGGAAAAGCACUUUCAUUUUACGGAAAAGUACUUGAAAUUGAUCAAAAAGCUCUUCACUCAAAUCAUCCUUAUUUGGCUACUUCAUGCAACAACAUCGGUAAUGUGUAUAACAAGAUUAGAGAGUACUCGAAAGCAUUUUCAUUUUACGAAAAAGCCUUAGAAAUUCGAGAAAAAUGUCUUCCUUCAAAUCAUCCUGAUUUGGCUACUUCAUACAACAACAUUGGUAGUGUCUGUGAUAGCAUGGGAGAGUAUUCAAAAGCACUUUCAUCUCACGUAAAAGCACUUAAAAUAUAUCGAAAAACUCUCCCUUCAAAUCAUCCGGAUUUGACUAUUUCAUACAGCAACAUCGGUAGCGUGUAUGAUAAGAUAGGAGAGUACUCGAAUGCACUUUCAUUUUUCGAAAAUGCGCAUGAAAUCUGGCAAAAAACUCUUCCUUCAAAUCAUCCUCAUUUGGCUACUUCAUACAACAACAUCGGUCAAGUGUAUAAACGCAUGGGAGAGUACUCAAAGGCACUUUCAUCCCAUGAAAAAGCACUUAAAAUAUAUCGAAAGGCUCUUCCUUCAAAUCAUCCUGAUUUGGCUAGUUCAUACAACAACAUAGGCAGUGUGUAUGAUAACAUGGGAGAGUACUCGAAAGCGUUUUCAUUUUACGAAAAAGCACUUGAAAUUCGGCAAACAAAUCUUCCUUCAAAUCAUCCUUCAUUCGCUGCUUCAUACAAUAACAUCGCUGGUGUAUGUUACAUUAUGGAAGACUAUUCAAAAGCACUUUCAUAUUUUGAACGUGCUCUGGAUAUAUUUCAACGCGCAUUACCUCCAACUCAUUCUAAUAUAAAAACUGUGAAAGAAAGUAUUGAAAUUGUAAAAAAGCACUUAUAA